CCACCGUGACCGCCACCAAAACCUUCCAAAAAUGCAUGACACUCCCCUCUCAACAAGCCUCCAUGGCAUGGACUUUCCAUCCACAUAAUGCCACCCUCGACCUUGUCUUCUUUGGAACCUUCAUAUCACCCUCCGGUUGGGUUGGAUGGGGUAUAAACCCUACUUCACCGGAGAUGACCGGAACACGAGCACUUAUUGCCUUUCCAGACCCCAAUUCCGGCCAAUUAGUCCUCCUACCCUACAUCUUAGACCCUACAGUGAAGCUCCAACGAUCUCCACUCCUCUCCCGCCCUCUCGACACCCACCUCCUCUCUUCCUCCGCCACCCUAUACGGUGGUCGAAUGGCAACAAUCCACAAUGGUGCCGCUAUACAAAUCUUUGCUACAUUAAAACUUGUACCAAACAAAACCAAGAUCCACCAUGUUUGGAACCGAGGACUAUACGUCCAAGGCUAUUCUCCUACCAUCCAUCCAACCACCAUUAACGACCUUUCAUCAAUCACCACCAUUGAUGUCCUCUCUGGCUCUACAACCAAGGGACACAACAACAUACAAACCCUAAAAACUGUUCAUGGCGUCAUAAACGCCAUUUCAUGGGGGAUUUUACUACCCAUUGGGGCCGUCAUUGCUCGAUAUCUACGACACAUACAAGCACUAGGUCCUACAUGGUUCUAUGCUCAUGCUGGUGUGCAACUUUUCGCAUUUUUCUUAGGAACAGUAGGGUUUUCCAUUGGAAUUCGACUAGGAGAGCUUUCACCAGGAAGGGUUUAUGGCCUUCAUCGAAAACUCGGGUUCGCGGCGUUUUGCUUGGGGAGUUUGCAGACAUUGGCAUUGUUUUUUAGGCCUAAAACAACAAAUAAGUUCAGAAAAUACUGGAAAUCAUACCACCAUUUUGUGGGGUAUGCUUGUGUAGUGUUAGGGGUUGUGAAUGUUUUUCAGGGUUUUGAGGUAAUGGGAGAGGGCAGGUCUUAUGCUAAGUUGGGGUACUGUUUGUGUCUGUCCACAUUGAUUGGGAUAUGUAUAUCUUUGGAAGUGAAUGCUUGGGUCAUAUUUUGCAGAAAAGCAAAGGAAGAGAAGUUGAGAAGAGAAGGACUAAUAGGGGUUUCUGAGAAAGGAAGUGGGUCAAGCCAUGGUUGAAUCAGUCACAGAGAAAUCAUAUGUACCUGUUGCUAUGCCUUUUUUAUGCCCUACUUAUGUUGGGUUAGUUUUGCAUUAUCACCAAAGUUUUUGUGGAACUUUUAAUUAAGCAUAGUUUUUCACAAUUUUCAAGCCCUAUCAGGCUUACCAAAUGCAAUAUUUUUUGUACAAAUUUGUUAACCUAAUCAUUCAUAACCCUCGG